AUGUAUAGUGUUUAUAGUAUAUACAGUCGAUUCUCCCGUCUCUCGUUUAAAUCUAUUAAACGGUCGGCCGCCGACGGGGAUGGCCGGCCGGUAGCUUUUGAAACGGCGCCAGGAGCCGACAAUGACGAGGAUAGGGGUCAAGUCCAAGAAUUUAUUUCCGCCCGCGGAGGUCAAGACGACGAGGAUGCCGGACAGGAGGGUGGCGGCGGGGUGCGUUUUGAACGGCGGUUUAACGAGCCCAUGGGAAAGAUUUCGCCGGCCGUCCCCCCCGACUAG